CCCUUUCUUCUGUUUUAGCACACACACACACACACACACACACACACACACACACACACAGAAUAAGAUGUGAGCGCGCGCUCGAGACGGAAAAGCUACAUUUUUUAGCAUUGUGACAGUUGACGAAGGCUCGCGCGCGCCUUCUCGUGCCUCACAUCUGCCACGAAGACCGUUAACAUUCUCGUUCUUUUUGUUUUUGUUUUUAGUAAUAUAAGUUGUUUUCUUUGUAAAAACAAAACGUUACUUUGUCCGAAAGGCGAAGAGGAGCCGCUCACUUUAAAGACCCGAGCGAAUCUUCACAACUUUCCGAAUCUUCUCGUCGUUUUUUUUUCAGGAAUUUCUGAAGUGUUCUUCAAAUCUCUUCUUCACACAAGUUUACACUGACAGACUGGGAACAUGUUGAUGAAAGAGUACCGAAUAUGUAUGCCACUGACUGUUGAAGAGUACAGGAUUGGGCAGCUGUAUAUGAUCAGUAAACACAGCAACGAGCAGAGUGAGCGAGGAGAGGGAGUGGAGGUGGUGCAGAAUGAGCCCUUCGAUGACCCCACGCAUGGCCAUGGCCAGUUCACAGAGAAACGUGUCUACCUCAACAGCAAACUUCCCAGUUGGGCGAGAGCAGUGGUGCCCAGAAUCUUCUAUGUGACGGAAAAGGCCUGGAACUAUUAUCCUUACACCAUUACAGAAUACACAUGUUCAUUUUUGCCAAAGUUCUCCAUCCACAUAGAAACCAAGUAUGAAGACAACAAAGGCUGCAAUGACCAUAUCUUUGAAAAUGAGCUGAAGGACCAGGAGAGGGAAGUUUGUUUCGUAGAUAUCGCUUACGAUGAGAUUCCAGAGCGCUAUUACAAGGAGUCAGAGGAUCUGCGCUAUUUUAAAUCGGAGAAGACGUCUCGCGGCAUGCUGCAGGAAGGCUGGCGGGACACUCAGAAUCCCAUCAUGUGCUCCUACAAGCUCGUGACUGUAAAGUUUGAGGUGUGGGGCCUCCAGACACGUGUCGAACAGUUUGUACACAAGGUGGUGAGGGACGUGCUGCUGCUGGGCCAUAGACAGGCCUUUGCUUGGGUGGAUGAAUGGAUUGACAUGACAAUGGAUGAGGUGAGAGAGUUUGAGCGAAGGAUCCAGGAGGCCACCAACCAGAAGAUCGGCUUUUUCCCUCCGUCCAUUUCAAUUGGUGAGACGCCGCUCUCGUCUCUGGCCCCCACCGGCCCGGCCAGUGCUCCAUCCACUCCGCUUUACACAGACGCCCCCGAGUUCCUCUCCGUCCCUAAAGAGCGACCCCGCAAGAAAUCCGCCCCUGAAACGCUCACUCUGCCUGAACCCGGACAGUCGGAGCCUGUUCCAGCCCCUAACCACGCUUCUCUCAGCCCUGCAUCCAACCAGACGGAGUGACUGAGUCUGUGGCACGCAUCCUUGUGAUUUCUUCCUUCAAUCAGGAUUUUGUAAACACAGUUCACUCACUCUGCUCCUUCCACUUGCUCCAUGUUGCAAAUUUCUAAAAGACUCCAGUUACUGACCAUGUAAAUGGGCUUCCUCCCUGCAAGGGAGCCUCUGCCUCAACAGUUUAUAUUUUCUCAUAUUUGGCAAAUAAUGUUAAAUAUCUGCAUUCAGAUAUUGUGAUGCGUCUUAAUUUCUGUUAUAAGUUUUUAAAAAAAAAAACAGACCAUAAAAGCUACUUAUUAAGGCUUAUAAAGUACUUGUUACUUUUAUUUCUCCCAUCAUUUUAUUAUGAAAUCGUCUAAAACGAUUGGGGGACUACCUGUUGUGGCUUAAAUACGGUUGCCUUAGCAACUACGAAACAGGUAUCCCCGAUUAGGAUCAUGGAUUAAGAUGAUGUGUCAUUUUAAAGAAUAAGUUUGUAAUUUUUUGUAAAAUUAUUUUCUACCUAUGAUACAAGGAGUCUUUCCUUUCCUUGCUACUGACUCCAUGUCCUCUCUGGAAAAUUCCUUAUAAUUUACCUUCUAGGGAAAAUCAACAGAGCUGAGAUUACAGUAAUAAGAUCUAAUACUGUAGAUUACAUCAAAAUAUUUUUUUUCAAGCGAACAAUUACAGUAAGGGUAGAAAUAUUUAUUUUAAAUUACAAACUGCAUCUUUAAGCAAUGACGUCUCACAACAUCGAGGAAGAUAAAAUACUCACAGAUAGAGAGUGGGGUCCAAAAGUCUGAGACCACGAAUGAGAGAGCUUGUAAUUCGCAUUCAACGCAUUUAUUUAAAGUAGAAAAAGUAGAAUAUUUUCCUGCAUUCUAAGUAAUUGAUAUUUUGCUCUAAUGACAACGUUUGCUAAUAAUUGCUGAACGCUUUUGUUUGAAAAUUUUGUUUGUUUUCUGUUUUAAAUGAAAAAAAAAAUAGUUUCAUCACAGGCUUUUGUGUGACCUCAGACUUUUAGGCUUUUUUUUUUUUCCUUCCUCCUAAAAAUAACAUAUUUUAAAGUAUCUUUUUUUUUUUUUUUUUUUUUUGUUUUUUUUUUUUCUCCCUUUUUCCACUUCCAUUUAGCCAUGCAAAUCCGCCUAGACAGAAUGCUUCUCAGGUCUUCAUAGGUGCCAGCCUUUCCAAAGCCACGGCAGGAAAAAUACGAAAUCCUCUCUCAGAUAUUCCAAUAUCACAGCCAUCCAGGAUUCCAGGGUUUGUUCUUACAAGCCAGAUUUGUCUUAAUGGAUGUCUUGGAUCUACUUUAUACAAGUUCCUCAGCCAGUGCUUCAAAAUAAACUGAACAAUUUCUUUUUUUUUUUUUUUGGGUCCAAAAAGUUUGGAAGCAGCUUCUAUGACAAUCUGACCCUUAGCCGCAGCAAGGGUAAGACGAUGCUCAUACAGAGCAUGGGGUAAGAAAUCAAGCAGGUCAUAAUGCUUUAUUCAGUUUUUUUUUUAAAAAAAUGCCACAGUUAAUGAAGAUGUUCUGGAUUUUGCUAUUUGAUAUCUCGAAUAAGGAAAACAUAAAUCAAGCGUAGGACUGAGUGUUUUAUUGAAGCGAGCAUGUCUACCUGCAUGUAUGAAUGAAUUCAUUAAGUCUAACCUUCCUUAAUGUCCUCCUUUGCCUGAUGAUUUUGCCUCCAGCUUUUAGAAUAACACCACUGAACAGGAAAAUACCUUCAUUUUAUCUUUUUUUUUUUUUUUCCCCAUUUCUAUUGCGCACGUUCUUUGUUAAAAGGAAUGAAAAUCAGAAGAAACAGAAAUGCGAUUCCUAAGGACAUAUUUAAGCCUGGCUGAAGUAUAAAAACACACCACUAACGCUUUCCAAACUAGCUGCUGCUUCCCCUUCCAUUGUAGACAGGGUUUUAUUAAAAGCUGCAUGGACUGUUCACAGGCUCUGUAAAGUCCUGUGUAUAUGCAUAUAAGAGGCAGGGACUGCUGGUGAGUUCAGUUCGGUUUAUAUACAGACAAAAGUGCACUGAGCAUGCUCCAAACCACACAGCAGCUCCGACAGUGCCUCUGCAUGUACAUGUAAAUAUGUCAAUCAAUAGAUCUCUAUACAGUCUAUACAGAUGUCUUUAUCAUGUCUAAACAUUUUUGAAACUAUUAAUAGCAUUUUUUAGUGUUUUUCUCUAUCUUAAUUUUUUUUUUUUUUUUUUUUUUUUUUUUAAACGACUGGGAGGACGUGUGAAGCACCUUGAAUUAUAUUUUCCGACUUGCACCCAGAGCCAUUUGUGACAAAGAUAAAAAUUCUUGACCAUGCUGCUACUUGAGUCUUUAAUACCAUCCUAAACUGUAUGAUCCAGGGAAUAGUUUUUAGUUUAAAAACACAGUUUAUGGGGUGUUUUUUUUUGUUUUUUUUUUUUUUUUAAUAGUCUACAAAGAUAUAAAAUGGUUUCAUUUCUGCAUUAGUUAUGCAUCUUUAUAAAAUUCUGAUCACAAUAUUUGAGAAACUUGUAACCACAGUUUGUUAUAAUACACAUUAUUGUAUUAAAAUAACCACAGUAAAUAAAAAAAAGGUUAUACCGCAGAGUUAUAUAUAAAACCUUAAACUAGAUCUGAAAAUAUUUUCCCUCUGUUUUGCUAUAUGAGAGUCGUUCUGUACAUUUACAUAUACACUGUACACAUGUACAGUUUCCUUUGGUUUGCUGCUUGCAAAACCUUCUAUUUGGUUUAAUUAUCAAUUAUUUGUUUAAAACAAGAACUUGGCUUUUAAACUAGUCUCAUAAAAUUCAGCACCACUCCAUCAACACCUCAACACAAUGAUAAGAUGUAGAAUUCUGUUUGUCUUGAUUAAAGGGCUUGAGAUGUUGUUAAAGAUACGGUCAGUGGUUUUAGAACAGUUUUAGAAAAAUUGAUUCCAAUUAUUGAAACACAAUUAUUCGUUCUUCUGAAGGCACCGUGAUUACAAACUGUCUCUACUCACUCAGUUUCACCUCUAAAAAGAUAUUUGAUUCAGUUAUUAAUGAGAAGAUUCCACUGAGUGCUUUGAUCUAACAAAUCACUGACCGCACAUAUUGUUCAAAACUAGGAAACCGUAGAGGACAGCUGUCCUUCUGCUGCCUUCUGAGCUGCAGACAUUUUCAUAAGCACCUUACAGUAAUGCGGUAAUGUUGCCACAUGGGAUGAUGAUGAUAUUUUAAUGUGUUCCUGAUUUUCUUUUCAUCUAUUGGUUUAAAUAGAAACAAAAAAAGUUUAUAUGAUGUUUAUUCAGUUAAAACUUCUCACAGAUUAAAUUGUAAUUUUUUUUAUUCAGAUCCUUAGUCACAAAAUAAAUUCACAAAUUCCUGAUUAAAUAAAUUGUCACAUGCCUCAAGAUGUCUCUCGAAUACACCAUUUGACCAUUUGCUCUUAAAAAUCUUAUUUGAAAAUGUUACCACAGCAAUAACUGUGUUUACUUGAACAAUCCAUUGUGUUCUUACAAGUGAUCACUACACAUGAUUUAUCAGGCAGCAGCAUGGAGAUAAAGUCCAAUAAUCCAGUUAUCACCAUACACACGUUUUCCAUCCGCACGUCUGCUUCUGAAAUCCCAGGACUUGCAGCAGGUCCUAAUUAGUGCUUUAAGAUUAUUUCCUUUGUAUUUGUCAAAUACUUAGUUCAACCCCCCUUAAACUUCAGCACUUUGCACCACGAUCGCCAGAAAAUGAUUUCUAUCCAAACCCACCGCUGUGCUUCUGCCUGAACUGGGUUUGUAAAUAUUAUUUUGUACAGUUUUUUUUUCUUCUUUUUUUUUUUUUUUUUAAGAUUUUCCAUAUGGGUGUGAAGUGAAAACCGUUUAAAGUAGAUAUUUUGUUUGUUGUUAAUAGAAGGUUGUUAUUUUGAACUUUUCUUGCUUGACUUUUACCUGCGAACAUGCGACUGCCUGGAUGGUCAACAAAAAUGAGCCAGAUGAUGUAUGUAUUUGCUAGCCUUGCUUUCUGUUGUAGAAUUUCUUGUUUCGAGGGGUAGCAUGACUUAGAAAAACAAAACGAUUCAUGAUUCUAUGGUUUUGUUUUGUUUGUUUUUUUGUUUUGGAAAUUUCCAUUUUUGUACAUUUUUAUAAGUAGUGAUCUGGUCAUGUUGGUGUUUUGCAGUUUGCUCUUUACUUCCUCUGUGGCCUGUUGUCUAUCAGUAGCAGUGAGGUGAUUCAGUCGUCAAAAUCUAUAAUUGGAAUGAAACACUCAAUGAUCAGAUCAGUCACGAUGCCUGAAGUCUGAACAUAAUUCAGUUAAAUUUGUCCAGAUGAUUACUUUACCUCUUUAUUACAAAGAGGUGCAUACUGAUAUCCAUAUAUUUUGAUAUAAUAUUUAGAAUCCCCCCCCCUUUUUUUUACAUCUACAGUAUAUAUAAUAGAUAAACUAUAGAAGAUGUCUACAUCUCAUUUCAGAGCCGACUAACAGAACCCUGGCUGAAACUUGACACGUGUUCCUGUAAAUCCAACCAGAUUAGAAUAAAUGUUGCCUUCUUAAAGUUCACAAUCAGAUUCACAAUCGGCCUCUGUCUAAACAAAAAACAGGGAACUGAGGAUAUUUUUGAGGAUGUCCAUGACUAUACUGUUAGUUGAAUAUAUUUGGAAGCAAUUAUUUUUCCAAUUUUUUUUUUUCCUUUCUUCUCAGCAGAUUAAGCAUUAAAUCUAAAGCCAUAACAUUAGAAAUCCUAAUGUGACUUUCAGUUCUGGAUUCUGUCCAGUUCUGUCCAGCAUUUAACGUUUUAUAUUUUCAAUAUUAGAGCUAUUAGAGUGCUGAAUUCUAAAAAUGUUUUCCAAUUUAUUCCUCAAGUGUUGCUUUGCCGUCCAUGCCUAAAGGUAGAGGACCAAGCGUAUUCAUUUCAUUUUUAGCCAUUAAAUUCUGGUGAUGUCAUGGUGCCUAUCAAGGCAGCCUCCUUCCUAAUAGAGUCCUCAUUCAUGACCAAGUGCCAUCCUUUUAGCCUCUUUAGGUUCCUGUAUAUUUUAUUCUGAUUUGUUGUAAUUAUUCUUUUCCUAAUUCUUGUAGAAAAUAAAACGACUUGCUAUGAUAAA